AUGGGGUUGGUUUCAUCCGAUCGAAAUAUACCUGUUGAAGGCGUUGAUCGGAUUGUUGGCCCGUUAAUUACCAUCAUGCCUUCACGCGUCGCUUUCGAUGCCACCAAAUCAAUUGAAGAGAUGUGCCUCCAAAUCCAGCAGCAGGCUGUACGUAGCUAUCCAUUCGACCACAUGGGACGGCAGCAUUUGAGCAAGCUAGGAGAAUACUGUGCCUCCGCCGCGAAACUCCGCAAUCUCCUCGUCAUCCAGCCACGGAAAGAUCCUCUGCCUGGUAUAUUUGGGAAGUUGACCCAAGGUGGGUUCAACGUCAGCCUAGACAGCUACGAUUUUGUACUUGAAUGUAAUAUUUCUAAGGCGGCCGUGGACGUCAGCGCCAACUACAACCCUGGUCUUCUCAGUUAA